AUGACGCGCAGAAAAAUAGAUCUUCAACACUUCCCACCGGAUCUUGUAUAUCUGAUCUGCGAGACUUUCUGCCAGCACUGUACUCAUCCCAACGUUGUUACAUAUUGGACAUCAGACUACCAAUGGAAACCCGAAACGAUAUUCAACAGGGAAACCCUUCUAAAACUUUCCCUGCUCUGUAAGAGCUGGGGACAUAUCGCGCAGAAGGUCCUUUACCAUCACUUUGGUACUUCGGAAACUACACUCAUUGCUGAGAUUCUGUUCUGUAGGACUGUAUCGCAGAACCCAGGCCUAGCUAAACUGGUAAAAUAUGCAAGGCUACGACAUAUAGAUACAACAGAUAACCCCAGUCCUAUCGAGGACUGGAUAGUUGAGCCUCUGAAUAAGUUCUCGGAAUUUCUCAACUUCCCCGGUACAACAUUUGACUCGGAGGCUUCAAAUUGGGAGUCGUUUGUCGCACCGCUCAUUCUACUUCAAGUACCAAAUCUCAAGUAUCUUCACGUUGGACACAAAGGGGACUGUUUGAUAUUCGACAAGUUUGACAAACCGGCUGUUGUCCGCCAGCAGGCUCUUCCUCUUUACAUCGAUUCUUUCAUGGCUGGCUACGACCAAGCACUUAAUGGGACUCUAUCAGAAAUCCCUGGGCACCUUGACGUCUCACAGGAAGGCCUUGGCGGAUUAUUUCCUGCAUUGAAACGUCUCAAAUUCCUGGGCAUAUGCAGUCCCAACAUCAACACGGUUCGAGAUCCAUUCCAGCUCCAGAGCGUGACACGCCUGGAUUGUCAACGUUUCGCACUUCGGAAAGAUCAACUACGGAAGUUUAUCUCACCUAUAGCAGCUCUGGAACUGUUUAAUUACCAUGCAUGUGGAAAUGGUCGGGAGACGUUUGCCACGGGUCAAGAUAUAUGCGAAGUUCUAGCCCCCCACAAGGAUACACUGCGGAUAAUGUCGAUAUGUACUUACUACGCAGAAGGGAGCUUCAUGCCUAUACGUCAGCUGGAAAAUCUACAAAGCAUAUCUUUCACACCUGAAGCCUUCUGGAACCCUAUGAAUAAGCCUAUUUUGGAUGAGCAGGCCCUGGUUUCCGCAUUGCCCCCUUCUCUCAAGCAUGUAACCGUAUCUCCUAUCGGUUGGCAAACAGCAUACUCUGCUGCGUUUUGA